CGCGGCAGAUGGAGCAGGAGGCGCGGGUGCUGAGGGCUGCGGGUGGCUUCGGCCGGGCCCGGCGCCUGCUGGCCGCCGCCUCGUGGGUGCCCUGCGUGGUGCUGGGGCUGGCGCUGAGCUCCGAGGCGCUGCUCACCGCGCAGCCCGCGCACCACUGCCGGCCGGACCCCGCGCUGCUGCCCCCCGCGCUGCGCGCUCUGCGCGGGCCGGAGCUGCUCGACGCCGCCAUCCCGCGCCUGGGACCCACGCGCGUCCAGAGCCCCUGCCUGCUCCUGCGCUACCCCGAGCCCGUGCCCGGCGCCCGCCGUGGCCCUGGCCCUGCGCCCGCGCCCAACGGCACGCGCCCCUGCACUCGCGGCUGGCUCUACGCGCUGCCCGCCGCGGGCCUCCUGCGCAGCCCUGUCACCCAGUGGAACCUCGUGUGCGGAGACAGCUGGAAGGUCCCGCUGGAGCAGCUAAGCCACCUCCUGGGCUGGCUGCUAGGCUGUGUCAUCCUGGGAGCAGGAUGUGACCGGUUUGGCCGCCGGGCAGUUUUUGUGGCCUCCCUGGUGCUGUCCACGGGCCUUGGGGCCGGUGAGGCCCUGGUGACCAGCUUCCCUACCCUACUGAUCCUGCGCCUAGUCCAUGGGGGGACGUUGGCAGGGGCCCUGCUCGCCCUGUACCUGGCUCGCUUGGAGCUGUGCGACCCUCCGCACCGCCUGGCCUUCUCCGUGGGGGCCGGCCUUUUCUCUGUGGUGGGCACCCUGCUGCUGCCUGGCCUGGCUGCGCUUGUGCAGGACUGGCGCCUUCUCCAGGGGCUGGGCGCCCUGAUGAGCGGGCUCUUGCUGCUCUUUUGGGGGUUCCCAGCCCUGUUCCCCGAGUCUCCCUGUUGGCUGCUGGCCACAGGGCAGGUAGCCCGAGCCAGGAACAUCCUGUGGCACUUUGCAGAAGCCAGCGGUGUGGACCCCGAGGACAGUUCCUUGGAAGAGAACUCCCUGGCUACAGAGCUGGCCAUGCUGUCUGCAGGGAGCCCCCGGCCCCGAUACCACUCCCCCCUGGGGCUCCUGCACACCCAGGUCACCUGGAGAAAUGGGCUUAUCUUGAGCUUCAUUUCACUGGUUGGUGGGGGCAUAAGAGCCAGCUUCCUUCGCAGCCUGGCCCCUCAGGUGCUGACCUUCUACCUGCCCUACUUCCUGGAGGCCUGCCUGGAGGCAGCAGCCUUGGUCUUCCUGCUCCUGACGGCAGAUCGCUGGGGACGCCGCCUCGUCCUGCUGCUGGGCACCAUGGCAACAGGCCUGGCAUCCCUGCUGCUCCUCGCUGGGGCCCAGUAUCUGCCGGGCUGGACCGUGCUGUCCGUCUCUGUCCUGGGGCUCCUGGCCUCCCGGGUUGUGUCUGCACUCAGCGGCCUCUUUGCAGCUGAGGUGUUCCCUACAGUGAUCAGAGGGGCCGGGCUGGGCCUGGUGCUAGGGGCCGGGUUCCUGGGCCAGGCGGCCGACCCCCUGGAUGCCGUGCAGGGCCGGAGGGGCUUCUUCCUCCAACAUGUGGUCUUCACCUCCCUCGCUGUCCUUACCCUGCUGUGCGUCCUGCUGUUGCCGGAGAGCCGAAGCCGGGGCCUGCCCCAGUCACUGCAGGAUGCCGACCGUCUACGCCGCUCCCCACUCCUGCGGGGCUGCUCCCGCCAGGACCACCUGCCCCUGCUGUCGCCCUCUGAUGCCUGCCGGGCCGGCAACACCCUCGAGCGGCACUAGUCCUGCCUGCUGGCCCCAGGAGCCAGGAGGGACCGAGGUCAAGGCCUGCGGCAUGGCUGAGUACCCUAGACACCUGGUCCAGGGGAGACACGUACCCCUCAGAAGCCCGUGUCUCAGUGCAGGCGGAGCCGUGGGAACAGCUUGAACUUGUCCCCAGCCGAGCCCUGGGCCCUGGGAGUCCGUGAGUCUCCUCCCUGAUCAAACCCAGCAGGUGCGGAGGAUAAAGGCUUCUGUGGAA